UUAUUGUCAGUCAGUACUUACACUGAGUGAGGCAAGCAAGGCACUUGUAAUGAUUUUAUUUUUUACAAAUUACAAGAAAUUCAGUGUGUAAAUUAAACAAUGGAAGUGUUUAAUAAGUUUUAUUCGUCGGUUAGCAAUACAGUAUCGCAAUUGUCGGGUGUCUUGCCAGGGAAUCCGGUCACGAGAGAGUUUGAGGCAACGCAAUACAUAGCCAGCGCUGGUCCAGGUUUGCUAUGGAAGAUAUAUAAGGGCUAUAAAAAGUCAACGAAGCAGGAAGCGUCAAUAUUUGUUUUUGAGAAGAAACAGCUUGAAAGAUGGACAAAAGCUGAUAGAGAUAUCAUGUUGGACACUUUAAAGCGUGGUAUUGUACAGCUGACUAAGUUGCGACACCCUCAAAUUCUUACCGUGCAACACAGCCUUGAAGAAAGUAGAGAGAGUUUAGCGUUUGCUACCGAACCAGUUUUUGCAAGUCUUGCUAAUAUUUUAGGCAAUACUGAAAAUAUGCCUCAGCCUGUUCCCAACCACUUACAGAAUUACAAACUUUAUGAGCUAGAAAUAAAGUAUGGAUUGAUGCAAAUAGCUGAAGGUUUGGCAUUCCUUCACAAUGAUGUUAAACUUAUGCACCACAACAUAUGCCCAGAAUCAAUUAUAGUCAAUCAGCAAGGUGCAUGGAAAAUUUUCGGGUUUGAUUUCUGCAUUGCAAAUCAGAAUUCCGCAGGAGCUGCUCCGUAUUGGCUGUUCAACGAAUAUUGUCAGGCGAUGCAUCCGUUAACUCAACCUUUGUUAGACUACUUGGCUCCUGAAUAUAUCUUGUCGGCAUCGCAUUCCCCUGCCAGUGAUAUUUACUCUCUCGGAAUGAUGAUAUAUGUGUUACACAGUACCGGAUUUCAAACUUUAGGGAACAUUGGCAAUGAUUAUAUGAAAUUCAAGAGAUUCGCAAAUGAGUUGAGGAAUUUGCCUGCGUCUCGGUUGUCUUGUGUGGCUGACGGGCUGAGGGAGUACGUGAAAUUAAUGCUUAAUGUUACUCCGGAGUUGAGGCCAGACCCACAUCAGUUUCUAAAGAUACAAUAUUUUGAGGAUGUUGGGGUGAAGACCUUGAAUUACUUGGACUCAUUGUUCCAAUGGGAUAACCUCCAAAAGUCUCAGUUCUACAAGGGACUCCCUCAAAUCAUCCAGAAGAUGCCGCAUCGGAUAUGUAUCUACCGGAUCCUUCCGUGUCUAACGAAGGAAUUCAUCAACCCUCCAAUGGUUCCUUUCGUACUUCCAAACGUUCUUCUCAUCGCUGAGAACUCGACAAAGGAGGAAUACAUAAAAUACAUACUCCCCGUGUUAAAACCCGUGAUGGUGAUCCAAGAUCCGAUUCAAAUUUUACUGAUUUUUAUGCAAAAGAUGGAGUUACUGCUGAAACUGACCCCCGGGGACGAAGUGAAGAGCGACAUAUUGCCGAUGUUAUACAGGGCUUUAGAAUCCGAUGCACAACAAAUACAGGAGUUAUGUCUAUCUGUGUUGCCAACGUUUGCGUCUUUAAUAGAUUAUCCGGCCAUGAAGAAUGCGUUGUUACCGCGUAUAAAAAAACUGUGCGUGAAUACCAAUUUUAUUUCUGUGCGUGUGAAUUGUCUGCUAUGUAUAGGGAAAUUGCUGGAGCAUUUGGAUAAGUGGUUGGUAUUGGACGAGAUUAUACCGUUUCUGCCGCAGAUACCGUCGCGGGAACCGGCUGUGUUGAUGGGUAUUUUAGGGAUAUACAAACUGGCCCUCGGCCACAAGAAACUGGGCAUCACCAAGGAGGUGAUGGCCACAAAAGUCCUACCGUUCCUCAUCCCGCUGUGCGUGGAGAACGGACUUACCCUCAACCAGUUCAACGCGCUCAUCACCCUGGUCAAACAGAUGAUAGCCAAGGUGGAAACCGAGCACAGAGCAAAGUUGGAACAACUGAACUCAAUACAGAACGAGUCCAAAGUAAUGGAACACGCCCUAUCAUCUACUUCUGACACCCUGGUAGCGGCGCCGGCGGUACAAACGGACAUUGACAAAAUGUUCUCCGGCUUAGGGCUAGACACAUUCACAUUUGGCAAGACUCAAGAGAAAGCUGAUCCCGCUAUGGCCAGUGUUGGAGAUGGGUCGCUCACGAUGGAGGAUAAACAGAGGCUUGCACAGCAACAAGAAACGGUCAGAAAAUUCUCUCAACAGCCCCCUCCGAAGGCUUUAGCGGCGCCACCGAGACAGCAGCCGAAACCUGUGGACUUAACUAGUUCCCUCCUACAGUCCAACCUGACACAACUCACUAACAAACCGGCGUCAGCGACGAACAGGCCGAAUUACAACAUAUCGUCACCAACACAAGGUUAUAUGUCACCAACACAAAAUUACACUUCACCAACACAAAAUUACACAUCACCAACACAAAAUUACACUUCAUCAACACAAAAUUACACUUCACCAACACAAAGUUACACAUCACCAACACAAAAUUACACUUCACCAACACAAAAUUACACAUCACCAACACAAAAUUACACUUCACCAACACAAAGUUACACUUCACCAACACAAAAUUACACUUCACCAACACAAAAUUACACUUCACCAACACAAAAUUACACAUCACCAACACAAAAUUACACAUCACCAACACAAAAUUACACUUCACCAACACAAAAUUACACAUACCAACAAAGCGCUCCACCAGGGUUUGAUACACAAUUAGCAUUAACCGAAACGCAAUUAGGAUGGUCGGGAAAGAAUACAAAUAACACGACGAAUUACAACAGCAAAUGGGCUAGUAAUCAAGAACAGAAGAAACAGGAUUGGUCAGCGUUUGAAUCCCUUCUGCCCAACAGCCAAUCACAGAGUAGCAAUCAGAGUAAUAAUAAUGUCAAAAAGUUGAAUAGCAGCGAAAUGGUGGAUUUGUUGAGUUAGAAUAAUUAUAAAGGAUUUCUAGAGUGCGCAGUAAGGAUGAUGCAUUUUGUUUGCAGUAAAAAAUUACUUAUUGAGUUAUUUAUUCGACUGCUUACAGUUAUUGGUUUUAAAAUCUGAAGUCUGUGUAAGUGACGUAAGUGUAAAUAAAUAAAAUAAAUGUAUACGGGACAAAUUACAUAGAUUGAGAUUAAGUCUCGAAGUAAGUUCGAAACUUGCAUUACGAGAUACCAACUCAAUGAUACUAUAUUUAAUAAUAAUACUUAUAUUGAUAAACAUUCAAGAUACAGGGCAAUAAGAAAAAGUUCGAUUCUCAUCUUGCCCUGGCCGGGAUUCAAACCCGAGACCUGUGUCGCUGACAAACACACUACCGCAGCGGUACAGACGCCAUCGAAAUUUGCGUACACCUUAGUGUUGCAAGUAUACAUCGAAUUUUCAAAGAAAUUCCUAUUUGUCCGACUUUAUUGGAAAUUUUCGAUGCACUAACUAUUGUAACACUAUGUGGUGCCUUUGUCCUGUUCUGAUAUAUUUUAUUUAAUUAAAUAACACAUUAUAAAAUGUACAUACCAUUACUAUGUAAUUUCUAUUUAAAUACCAAUAUUUGUCCGUUUGGUGAAUAAGGAACUUUUUAUUCCUUAAAUAAUAGCACUGUAUAUAGUUUUAAAGUUUAUUAUAUCGGUUCUCCAAUGCUUUUGGCCAUAAUAUAGAGCUCGCAAUAUGUUAUUUAAAAAUUAAUAAAAAAUUUAUUUCAUUUAAUAAAUCCGUUCCUAUCUGUUGAUUGGAAUUAUAUCAAAAAAUCUAUUUGUAUAAAAACAAUUAGGAAUUUGAUUCUUUUGAUGCUUCUAUGAAGUUUCCUUUUAAAAUUGUAUGUAUUCAAUAGUAUUUAUUUAGUUUGUAAAUAUUUUUGUGAUAUUUUAUUGAUAGCCAAUAUGGCCGUACAUAGAAAUGAAAGACGGUCGAAUUUUUUAAUGCAUUUCAAUGCAUCAGACGCUAUUUACUUAUUAUUAUUAUUAUAUACUUUAAACACACUAGCAGCUCAUUAAGCUGAUGCGUGUGAAUUUUGAUGCUUGGAGAUUUUUAAAGUUUGUCUAGCCGAUUCUUAAAACAAUUGACUGAAGGAGCAGUUAUGACACUCGUAGGGAGCUUGUUCCAGUCUGUAACAACACGAUUAGGGAGAAAAAUUUGAAGUGGAUUCUUUUUAGCUUUUGUGCGGCAUAACUUUAACGAGUGACCCCUCAGCCGCUUAUUGGUAGAAAGUUGAAACAAUGCUCGAAGGUCUGUCACAUCAUAGUAUCCUGUGAGUAUUUUAUAAGUUUCAAUUAAUGCGUCUCAAUUAAUCCUCUGCUUCUUCGCGUCUCAAGUGUUGUCAAUUUUAAUUCUUUUAAUCUACACUCAUAUGACAUAUUUCGCAGUGAUUUUACCAUCUCUGUAGCUCUACGUUGUACAUUUUCAAGAAGUGUUUUAUCCUUCUUAAAGUAUGGGUCCCAGAUCACAUACCCAAACUCCAACAAUGGUCUUAUAUACGUUUUAUAUAUUUUCAAGAAUAUUUUUGAUGUGAGAGUCAUAAACGAUUUGCGAACAAGAUACAGCAUAGAGUUUGCCUUCUUGACAAUAUUAACUAUAUGUGUCUCCCAUUUUAAAUCACUGGUUACUGUUAUGCCAAGGUCUUUUUAUGAGUCUACAGAGGUUAAUUCUUUAUUGCCCAGAUAGUAUUAGUUACGAGGAUUCUUCUUCCCCAUGUGUAAAACAGUACAUUUGUCAGCGUUAAGUGACAAAAGCCAAUCUUUGGUCAAAUCAGAAAUAUCGGUAAGCGCUUUUUGUAUUUCUGUAGAUUGCAAGUUGGGAUUGCCAAAGAAUUUCGUGUCAUCAGCAAACAGUGAGAGGGGUAACUGCAAAGUUUGUUUUAGAUCCGUCAAAUAUAGGAUGAAGAGGAGCGGUCCAAGAACGGAGCCCUGUGGGACACCACUGAGUACAGCUCGCGAACUUGAAAGGAUAAUGCCCACUCUGACACAAAAAUAUCUGCCAGUCAAAAAAUCUUUGAUCCAUACGAAUAGUUUUCCAUGAAUGCCUAGAUGUUGUAACUUAUGUAAAAGUCUCUGGAUAGGCACACGGUCAAAGGCCUUUUCGAAGUCUAAAUAUAAAACAUCAGUUGGCAUACCACUAUCAUGGUUUUUUAUCCAUUGGGAUAAACAUUGCAGUAAAUCAGUUGUUAUUAACCUUUUUGACACAAACCCGUGCUGUUCAUUUAUAAUGAUGUGUUCUUGAGAUAUAAAUUGUCUUAAUCUUUCUGCUAUGAUUUUCUCCAUGGCACGACAAACAAUACUAGUCUGGCUUAUUGGCCUAAAGUAAGCAGGAACUAGUUUAUCUCCCUUAUUGUAAAUCGGAAUCAGCGUUGCCAAUUUCCAUUACCAACUUCCAUCGAUUUGUUCAUGAUUGCAGCUAAUGUUUCAGCCAGAUUAAAUGAGCAUCUUUUCAGUAGAACAGUGGGAAUACCAUCUGGACCUGCAGAUGUGCUAUCUUCAAAGGACUGUAUGGCGUCAUGUACAGCUUGAGAAGUGAACUCAACUAGUUCAAUUGAGUUUCCAAUUUGAGGCAUAACAAUGGGAGGCAUUGGUCCAUCAGGUUCUUGAGUAUUACUGCUUUCAAACUGAUCUGCAAAAAGUCCUGCGAUGUCUUGGGGUUCUUCAACCAGUUCUUGCGAUUUCCCUUUUACGAUAUUAGGUACUGAUACUUUUGAAUUAAGCUGUUUUCUAAUGUAACCAUAAAAUGCCUUGGCGCCGUUAAAUUUUGCCACAUUUCAAUAAUGUUGUUUUCGUUGAUUCUCAUAUUAAUUUGUAAAUGCGUAUUGAUUUUGUUAAAAUCAGCAUUCCGAUAAUCCAAUAAAAUACUCUUAGAUGCGACUUUAUUGCUGUUAUUAAUAACUUGUAUUUUGGAUAGUAGCACGAGGUGGUCGCUUUUACCAAUGGGUGGGAGCUACUGGAUAUUAGUUACUAGGUUUUCAUCAUUGCAUAGUAUGAGGUCCAACAGAGAUUCUUGAUUGUUGCGUUUACGGGUGACUUGAGUGAUAAGUUGGGAGAGAUUACUAUUGGAGUACAUAGUGACAAAGCUUUCGUGUAAUUUAUCCAGUUUAUUGGUAAUUAUUAGGGGCCAUUCCAACUUAGGCAAGUUAAAAUCUCCUAUUAUAAUGACAUUUUCUUCAUAUGCAGCUUUUUCUAUCAUAUUCAAUAGGAUUUCAUCUGUAUUUUUAAAUAUAUUUGAAGAAGGGCGAUAAACACAGGCCAUAAGCAGCUGAAGUUGUCCGUAUUGUACAUCUGGCCACAGUGCUUCUACUUCUCUGUGAUAAUAACUGGUAUUUUCUUUCACCCUGAUCGGAAUAUUGUUGAAUUCGUUCACAUCCUCUACCAUCUCUGCCGUCUCUGUCCAGGCGACAAAGUGUAUACACAUCGAUGUUUACAAGACUGUCAGCAACCUUAAGUUUUAGAUGUGUUUCUGUUAUAAAUAUAAAUGAAGGUUUGUAUUUGUUUACUUCAAUUGGAAAGAGAUCGAAUUUUGCCGUUAAGGAAGCCAGGUUCGUGUAUAGUAUGGAGAGCUCGGUGACAUUUCGGUGUACUAGAUUUUUGUAGUAGAUACAAUUUUGGGUACAUUAUUUAUGUAUUUAAUAGUUAAAUUUUGUUCGCCUUUUUCUAUUCUGACUGCUAGCUCUUCUCUUAGUUUUUUGAGUUGGUCCCGUUGAUAUGGUGUCAAGUCAGCCUUUACUUUGAUAGAACUUGGUAGCUUGGCUUUAUUUUUUAAUACACCAAUAGCACUUUGCUUAUUGGAAAGUACUACUUUCAUAGGGCGCGGUUUUUCAGCAGCAGCGGUCGGUUUACCCAAACGGAAGAUAGUAAUUAUCUCUGAGCUCGCGGUUGGUAUUGAUGCCAGCGCAGUAGAGACCUGAUCCUUAUCAUAAGAUUUUCUUUCUUCAGGCAGCCUUAGAUUCAGGGAUUCCAAAAAUGAUAAGAUUGCGGCUGCGGCUCUUUCUUUCCUCCAUUUCGUUAAUUACAGAGUCUAGAUUGACUAUGUUAGAUUGAUUCGCCUGCAAAUCUAGCACUUGCUGCUGAAGAAUUGCAACCUGCGUCUGCGUAGGUCUGGUAUCUGUCUGAGGCCUUCUUCGCAGUCAUCACAAAGAUAUGACAAUUUCUGAGUCUGAAGGGAAAUCACACGCAUCUCGGUUGCAGAUAAACCACUACAUUUAUUACAUAUAAGACGCUUGCAGCCUUUACAAGUAAUUUUAGGAGAUUUAUCAUCAAUUUUUAAAUUACAUUUGAAACAAUGCGCUAUUGUUAUAAUAUUUAAUACUAUUGGUAGAUUAUUCUCUUGAUGGCAACACCGAUUGUCUAUGGUAAUUAUAAAAUAUUGCUUUAAAUGUCAAGCAAUAUCUUUCUCACAGCAGUUUAUACACGUAUCGUCACUAAUUCACGGCAAUUAGUAGUUCUAUGCACAAUUUACAACUUAAUCUCCAAACACUGCUCUAAAACAAUUGUAAUAGUUCACUUUUUACGACUAUUUGAAUUUUUAUGACAGAGCAUCAAUUUACGAUGUUGAGUAAGUGACAACCGAAGGUAGAAUGCUUACUGCAAAUAAAAUAAAAAAACUGUCUCGAACUAUGUGUCGUUUUUCUAAGAUAUGAUUUUAUUUCUCUGUGUCAAUUUAUUCACAAAGUCAUAGUUGUUGAUAUGUACUGGCACUGGUUUUUCAUAAGGCAAUCUGAAGUAUACUUCUAAAUGGAGUCAAAAUUUAUAUAUUAUCUUAUACAAUUAAUCAAAUAUACCUAAUUAAAUAAUAUUAAUUAUUUUAUAAUAAAAAAAAAACUAUUCUAAAUUACAAACUAAAACUAACUAACUUUUCUUUCUUCAGGCAGAUUGGCCUUAGAUUCAGUGAUUCCAAAAAUGAUAAGAUUGCGGCUGCGGCUCUUUCUUUCCUCCAUUUCGUUAAUUACAGAGUCUAGAUUGACUAUGUUAGAUUGAUUCGCCUGCAAAUCUAGCACUUGCUGCUGAAGAAUUGCAACCUGCGUCUGCGUAGGUCUGGUAUCUGUCUGAGGCCUUCUUUGCAGUCAUCACAAAGAUAUCACAAUUUCUGAGUCUGAAGGGAAAUCACGCAGCCUUUACAAGUAAUUUUAGGAGAUUUAUCAUCAAUUUUUAAAUUACAUUUGAAACAAUGCGCCAUUGUUAUAAUAUUUAAUACUAUUGGUAGAUUAUUCUCUUGAUGGCAACACCGAUUGUCUAUGGUAAUUAUAAAAUAUUGCUUUAAAUGUCAAGCAAUAUCUUUCUCACAGCAGUUUAUACACGUAUCGUCACUAAUUCACGGCAAUUAGUAGUUCUAUGCACAAUUUACAACUUAAUUUCCAAACACUGCUCUAAAACAAUUAUAAUUGUUCACUUUUUUACGACUAUUUGAAUUUUUAUGACAGAGCAUCAAUUUACGAUGUUGAGUAAGUGACAACCGAAGGUAGAAUGCUUACUGCAAAUAAAAUAAAAAAAACUGUCUCGAACUAUGUGUCGUUUUUCUAAGAUAUGAUUUUAUUUCUCUGUGUCAAUUUAUUCACAAAGUCAUAAUUGUUGAUAUGUACUGGCACUGGUUUUUUAUAAGGCAAUCUGAAGUAUAUUUCUAAAUGGAGUCAAAAUUUAUAUAUUAUCUUAUACAAUUAAUCAAAUAUACCUAAUUAAAUAAUAUAAACUAAUAUUAAUUAUUUUAUAAUAAAAAAAAACUAUUCUAAAUUACAAACUAAAAACAUAAUUAUUCAAAUUUUGACCCCUAGGAAGGGUUCCCAUCACGCAGGCAGCAUUCCCGGGCUGUAUUGCAAUAGCAAAACGCUGCGCAAGAAAGCUGCCCGCGCGAGGGUCACCUGUUGCCUCCCUCAGACGUUUGCUGAGCGCCUUCUGAAGCUCCCGCGCGCCCUUGCCCCAAGGACCAAGUGUCUCGACAUCAAACGGUACGAACUCGUACUGGUUGCCGAGACAACUGUAUUAAUUGGUCUUGAAGCGCUCCCGUCUUCUUCAGAUUUUCUUUGAAUUGCCGAAGAUGAUGAAAGAAUAGUAUGUUUAGAUUCUACUACAAGUUUGGGGAGUGCUGGUGUUGAAAUAUUCUGCUCAGGGCAUUUUUCUACAGGAGCAUUUAUAAGUCCGUCUGGAAAUGGGGUCGUAUCUAAAGGAACGGAAUCCAUAAUAGUAGGACUAGAUAAUGUUUGGAUUUCUUCACAAUCAGUAGCGUCAGAAUCGUGUGCUGGUGUUUCUGCAUUUUGUUGUUGUUCAUCCGCUUCAUGCGGUUGCGGUCUGUCUGUGACAUCUGACUGAAAAGUCUGUCCGUGAAAAUAUCCGGGUUGUAGGGAAAAAUACCGCGUUUCCUAAAAGCCGCAGUUAUGUUAAUAGGUGUCAUAGCCCUAGCAUACGCGCCGCCAACACAUUCAGCCACGUUAUAAAUCGUCAUUGAGGAGCCAGGAUGUCUUAGCAUCCAUGAAUCAAUUGCAUUAUUAUAAAAAACUUUGAAUGGUCCAUUAAGUCCUACGUCAAGAGGUUGUAAUUUUGAUGUAGUGUGUGGGUGCAACGUGAGGACCGUUACUCCAGACGCUUUGGCUAGGUUUAAAGCUUCAAUUGACAGAUGGGACUCAUGGUUGUCAAAAAUCAGCAGAGCUGGAUUUUCAGGAGUUGCAUUCGUAUGCUUAAUGAAAUGUUUCAUUACUUCUACAAAUAAUUGCGAUGUCAUCCAGCCCGUCUUAUAAGUGAGUCCUAGUGUGCCAGGUGGGACACCGUUCAGCAUGAUAUCUUUCAGGUUUUUACGGGGGAAAACCAUAGCGGGAGGUAAGUUUUGACCCGAGGCACAGACUAUUGCACAUGUCGUAACUAAUGUGCCUUUCUCCCCACUAGUGACUUUUGAUAGAUUGUUUGGCGGCCUUUGAACAGUGGUAGUAGCAGUCGCAUCUAGAUUGUAGAUGCGACAACCAUUUCCAAAAGAAGGAUGUCGUUCCAUUGCAGUCUUCAAAUUGGUAAAAAAAACUUUUUACCGUUUCUCGGUUAAAUGCAGUAGCACGUGCGAGGCUACAUGCCUCAGACUUUUUUACAGACAAGUCGGAGCGUCGUCUUUUAAAGCAUCGAAAUCAUUCCUUCCAUGCCAUUUGGUCCUUUCCCCAACAAUCUGGGACUGCUAUACCAUUAAUCUUGGCCAUUUGAUAGGCUACCUUUCGACAAUCUUUAACAGUCAAGCCGUACAACUUUGAAGCACAUUCCAAAAUGUAAUGUUUUAAUUCCACUUCUUGCGUCUUUGUAAAUAUGGAGCGGUUCUCGUAAUUUGGUGUUAGCCUUUCAUCCAUGAGCUUACAAAUUGGGACUUGCAGGUUACGUGUAACGUAUCUUCUUAAAGUUGGGUACGCGAUUUCUAAUUCUUUCGCUACUUGUCGAAUACUCACUCCUGCCCGAUGUAAUUUUAAUGCUUUUAACAUUGUUUCAGCUGUUUGCUUGCUCUUUUUCUUGACGAGUACUUUCACACGUGGCAUCCUGAAAGAAUAUCUAUUGUUGGUGAAUAUUUCAGAUUUAAUUUAUUUGGCUGACAACAAAAAAAAAAGGAAAUUGCCUUAAAACAGAAUAUUUACGUCAAAGUCAAAGUCAAUACACAAUAAACCAGAUAGUGGUACACAAUUAACUAGGUUCAAUGUGGACCACUUCCAAAUGGUUCAUUGAGAGACACACCGCAUGUCUUAUGAUAAAUAGACACAUAACGAUACAUUUUAAAGCCAAAUAGACACGUAAUUACAUGCAGUAAAGAAGAAAACGCAACAAGGAACACUAAUCCGGUUAAAAAUCGAAGAAAUCAAAACAAAAUACUUACUCUUUAGGGAUAUUUUCACAAUAACACUUGCAGUAUGUCCUCCUCUCACGGGAUCGCUGCUCAAACUAGUUUGUAGAAAGGGACACCAAGUACAUACUUGGUACUAGGGCUUGAAUAUCGGAUCAUUUUUCAAUUCCGGAAUUGAGUUCUGAUAUUAAGCAAUCCAGUUCCGGAAUUCCGGAAUUCCGGAAUUUGAAGCUUCCUUCUAAAAUGGCAUACAACUAUAUUAUAAUGAAACUAAGGGCUAUUGUUAUAAGUAGAAAUAAAAAACCAUUAAAAGAGCUAUUUACUUUAAUAAAAUUACUAAUUAAAUAAAAAUUACCCACAGCUCAGAUAGACUUCUGUUGGUAAUGAAAUUUUAAAAAAGUUAGUGCAUCUAAACUGUUGUCUUUCAACGAACUUCUCACACGGCUACAAACGUUUGAAACUGCUGAAAACGCGCGUUCAGCCUCCACACUGGUAGGUGGAAUUGUUUUUAAAUAUUCGAAACAUUUAGUCAGAUAUUGACCUCUUCCGCCGCCGUUUUCAAAUACCGCCAUUUCAACUCUUAGCAAACUUUCCAGAUCAAUAUUUGUUGUUUUCUUUUUACUUUUCAUAGUAACUCUUCGUCUCUGAAUAGUUUCUUGUAAUUUUUGUUUCAUACUCAUUCCUUGUGCUUCUUCAUUCACGUUUUCUUCAGCAGACUUCUCACAGUUUUCUUCUUCCGGGCUUAGUGAAUCGUCCAACCUUUUAAUUAUUUUCACAAUUUCUUCUAACAUUUCGUUGCUUGUCGGUUUAGAAAAUGUCUCACGGUCAAAGUUGUCUUCGUGAUAAUCUUCUGAAUCGUAAAGAUACACCAAAACAGAUGCUAUAGGGAGACGUCUUUCCUUAAUGCGGUUCCUAAGGCUUUGUGCCAGAUUUUUGCUAAUGUUACCGUUUUGGUUACUAUCUAAAGACUUUAACAUGAAUUUAAGAGCUGUAUCGGCCGUCAUCAAAUCAGCGUCUCUCUGACAAAGCGACUCUACAGUUAUCUUAACGACAUGAAGACUUUCGUGUAAAGCUUUAAGUACUGCUACUGCUUCUUCAUUGACAGGCACUACUAUGUCUAAGUCUAGAAAUCCUUUGGUGAUAGCAGACCUGAGCUUUAAAAACCUUUCAAUCAUAUCGCUUAAACUUGACCAUCUAGUUUUACAAUCAAGAAUGAGGUUCAGUUCUUUUCCAUAUUCUGCUACUACGUAUUUUUGUAUGGCUUCAUUUUUUAAGCUUGAUUUUCGUACUGACCUGACCAGCUUUCUAAUCUUUUCAAUAACAUUUUCAAAGUUUAAUUGUCUUUUUUCCAUUUCUUGCUGUACAGAGGCCCCUUCAAUCUCAAAACCUCCAAUUUCUUCGUCAUCUUCAUCGUCAUUAUCUUCUAAUAUCUGAUCUUCAUUUUCUACAUAUUCAGAAGCAGAUAUAUCAACAAUAUCAGUUAUAUCCAUGGCCACAAAAUCCUCCUGUCUCGUUUCAGUAUCACCUCUUUCAUUAUAUUCACUGUUUUCUUUUUUAUAUAAGACAUCAAUCACUCCUAACUGUAAGCCAUGAGCCAGACAAAUUUGAUGGUAGCCCUUGUAAUAUCGCCCCAUUUUAACCAUAACUGCAGCCCCAUCAGAUGUUAAGCAAACAACGUCUUUGUCCAAAUCAACAGCAAAUUCUUUAAGAUGUUGUUUCAAGUAAUGGUAUGCUGUUAUUGCAGGCAUACUGCCUACAAUUCUCACAAGGCCGAGAUUUUUGAAGUUAUCCUUAAAUUUAUCGGAGUGUAAAUUAACAUUCAUGUAACGUCUAUUGCGGAUUGAUGUAUACUCAUCAAGCGAUACAGAAUAUCGUCUUGUUUUAUCUUGUGAAAUUUGCUGUCGGAGUUGUUUUUUUAAGAAUUUGUGCUGAUUAAGUACAAUGUCUCUUAUAGCGCUACCAGACGCCGGCAAAUUAUAUCCACAUUUGUGGAAAAGAUCUCGAAGGUCUUCAGAUGUGCAAAAUUUACUGAAAGGAAUGCCAUCAAGAGCGGCCAUCCUUGACACUUUUACAGCCAGCUCUAGAGAUGUGUCAAAAAAGGCAGUGAUCAUUUUAAGCUUUUUUGCUGCUCUGGGCAUGCUGUUGCUGGUGCUAGGAGUAACGGAAGUACUACAUUGAGUUUCUGAUUGAGACAGCAAAAGGUUUUUUUUCUCUUUCAGAUCAAUAGCGUGGGUAGAUUUCAAAUGUACAUGCAAACCUGUUGUCGCACCACCGUGGCAUUUUAAAAUUUUAAAGCAUAAUUUGCAUUUACCGGAUUGCCCAUCUUCCGCCCUAAGAAAAUGGUUCCAAACUGAUGUGUCCGCUUUCCUUUUAUUAAAUUCCAAAUAUUGUGCGGGUUUUGAUAGUGACCUGAAAGUAAAUAAAUUUCUGACUAAUACAUACUUAUAAGAUUUCGUAUCGAUAGAGAAAGAAAAGCUUUGUUAUAAACAAAUUGUGCCAUUCUUUACAUAUCAUGCGACUAUAUUCUGUAAAAUUAUACGCCGAUUUAGAAUAUUAGUAGUAUAAAAACCACCCUAUUCGAAUUCUCAAAUGAAAACUCAAUGGCGACUAAAUAAUAUAACUUAUGCCCGCUCUACGCGUUCGUCCGGCAUCGCCAUGAAUCGAUAUACAUUGCCUACUUUGUAUGUAGUAAAAACACGGCUCAUUUUAAAACGUAAGUAAUGUAAGUACGUUAAUUCGGCAAAAAGUUCGCCGAAUGUGUUGAACGCGGAUUAGGUCUACGUGCCGCGCGAGCGACUGAACAGCAGCGCGCGUGGCUCGAGGUACCUACGGCUCGGUUGCUUAGCAACGCUGUCAUGUUCGCGCGUGCUGCGAAGGCGGCAUGCCUAGCAACACGAUAAUAUUUAGGUGCGGGUGCGGGCGUACGUUAUAUACGUGCAAUACAAUAAUCAAACUGAGAUCUAUUAAUGACCAGAAAAUAAACCUGAUAAUUGUGUUAUUUUUUGCAUGACUAUUCUGAUAUACGUUUCAAAACCCAAUUUUUUUUGUUAUUUAGUAGUAAUUCGCAACAAACUAAGCAAUGGCCAAUGGCCAUACAUUGAGUAGUACGGAAUAGCAAGUUUCAAAAGUUGCAAACAAAUAAUGCCCGUUUCCGUCACAUUCACAUUUCACCAAUAAGCAUAUAAAUAAAACAUUUUACAUUGCAUGCGCAAGCAAAAUCAAGCAAAAACCCUGGAUGCUAUAAACACCACCAGUAACCACACACGUAGACUUACGGUUUCUUAGUCACUUCUUUUCUUACGACUUUGUUUUUGCCAAACAUUAGGUUGUCUCUGCGUCCCGUAUAUAUAUUACAUACAUACGAAGUGAACCGUUGUCGACCAAUGAAAUAAAAUCAAUAUUUUACUUAAAAGUGAACAAGUAUUGAAUGUAGUUAAUUCUGUAAAAUAAGAACUUGAAACUUACAUUUUAAAUGUAUUUAUUACACGUUCGAUCGUUCUCGUUCGCGUGUGAUUCUUGUAACGAUCCGUAUUCAAAUGGCGGCGAUGCGGGCGGAUCGGCCAAACCGAAGCGACAGUUGAUCGGCCGGCGCCGGACGUGCCGCGCUACGCGGACGUGCCGCGACUCAAGCUGCGUUUUUAUUUUAUUUUUUUUCAAUAUCGAAAUACCGGUUUUGCUCAUCCAAUUCCGGUAUUUACAAACGAUACUGAAAUAUGUCGGAAUUCCGGAAUUUUGUUAAAACCGGAAUUCCGGAGCUCAAGCCCUACUUGGUACGUGCCAAACCGUGCGCAUACCGACGGAAGAUACAUAUCUUCCGUCGGUAUGCGCACGGUUUGGCGACGUCGCGUUUAGUAGCAAUUUAGAUGGUUCAUUGUGACUGCCUGGUUCAUAGGUGAACUACCUACCCUAUGUCACAAAAAAUAAAAAAAUCGAAUAAUCCUUGGAUGACAUUGAACUUGCUGGCGCGCAUACAUGAUCUAGGUAAUUUUUCCUUGAAACUACAUUUAUGUGAGCACCAAAAUAUGUAACUUAUUAAUAAAUCUUUGUACUUCCAACGGUAAAUAGCAGCUGACGAUAGUGAUAAUCAAUAUGGCCGGUAAGGAUUUCGGUAAUUUCUUUAAACAGCAGUACUUGGCUUCCUGGGUGAUAAUUAAUUGAAAAUUUUAUAUAUUCUUGGCUGUGCUCAAUUCACUAUAAUUUCGUCUUCUAACUGUAAAUUCAGAACAAUAAAGGAAAAUAAUUUUAGGAAAAUGUAUUUGACAUGUUAUGACAGACAUGUCAUGGAUGUCUAUUUUUUCUCAAUUUAUUUCUCUGAUAUACCUAAAUAAUAACAUAAAAAAAAUUAUUAUUUAAUAUUUUUCCUUUAACAUCAAAUUUUAAAUACGGUCAAGAAUAACUGUCUGCUUAUUAAAAAAAACUGCCAACAUGCUUCGUAGAAAAUAUCAAAGUUUAGAAAAAAUUUCAAAGUCAAUCAACGGAUAAUCAUAAUCGGAUAAAAUUUAUGUCGUCUAUAUUCAGUGCAGUAUUAUUCUCCCAGAAGAAUAUCGGGAACAGCAACCCGAUUACGAGCGUCGAAAAUGUCGUGCUGAGGUGCAACUACGUGUACAAAUAGAAAUUUACAUCUAUUAGCAUGUUGUUCGUCGAUAAGAUUUAAUUUAUUAAGAUUUGUAUACCGACCGACUCUAUUCAUAUUGUUAUAUCAUUUCAUACAUUCCUUUAUUAUGGUGCAAUUAAUGAGGGCAAACGGCAUUUUAUUUAAAAAAAAUACAGGUUAUAUUAGAAAAAUAUUUAUUAUCGACUAUUACGUAUAAUCUUAUAGAUUUUAAUAUUAUAUCUUAUUUUGCUCUAAGCGAUUCGACUCUGUUGUAGAAGAAAUAUUUUUAUUAAAAAGUUUUAUUUUUGUAGUCAUUGCAUUUGUCUAUUUUUUUUUUAUUAUUUUGGCCUACAGCAGAAUCGAAUGUAUCCAACUAUAUUAAUGUAUGUACAACUUAACUUCUGGUAACUCUGAUCGCUACUGGCAACUAAGUAUAGAUACCCAAAAAUCGAAUUAUUUUUUCGAUAUAUAUUUACUAUUUAACCUAUAAGAAUAGAAGAAAAAGUACCUAUU